GUUCUACUCCAGCAGUAUUACAUUUUUAGCCUGGUUGGGUUCAAUCACGCAAUGACACAUUUUGACGUUAAUUAUGUGUUGUAUUUCACAUUUAAAGUGGAAUUAUUUGAGUAUAUAUGUAUCCAUUUUACACACACAUACAAAUAAAGGUCUUCAAAUAAAUGACCCAUCAAAAACCCUUCCAAACAAUAAAUGAUGAUUAAAAGGCAUUUUUUGAUGCAAUUUUCCAUUUUGUUAGUCCAAUUUAAAAUUAAAUUUGGCCAAUUUUUUACAAUUGAAUUAUUGAAAUAUUUAAUUGUGAAAUCUUUUUUUAAUUUUUCUAAAGAUAUGUGCAAUUUUAUAAUAAUUCUGAAUUUAGUGUCUCAUAUUGUUCUGUUCUGCUUUUCUACAAUCACUAUUUUAAUUGUGUAAUUUUUUUUUAUGUUUGUCCUUUUGAUUAUUAUCCGAAUAUUAAUUGAAAACGCCUUGUGCGUUUAUUCGAACAAAUACAGUAUUUGCUCGUGCAGUCAAUCCAGGAACAGUACGUGUAGUAUUUCUAUGAUAGGAUCUGUGGCAAAAUUAAUGUAAGAAAAAAAUAAUCGGUCUGCCGCCCUCAAUCGGCAAGCGUGGGAAUUCUCAAGAUUCUGCGGGUUUGUUAUUUGUAAUGUAUGUUGAUUCCUUUUAAAGAAAGAAGACAUAAAUAAUGGAAAGUCCCAUAACUAGCUGUAGGAGCUCUGAGAGACUUAAAAAGAAGUACAGCAAGGUGUUUCAUCUACCCGACAGGAAGGAGUAUCUGGACACCAUAAAAGAUGCGACUCCAUUGAAGUCCUUCACAGAAUUGAGGCCCAGGAAGCUUAUUAAUUACUUUGUAACUGGAAGAAGCCGGUACAACAACACAGAUGGACAACCGCUUAGUGAAGAUGAUGAUGACCUGCUGGAUUUCAUCAAAGACUCCAGUGAAUCUGAUGAUUGGGAAGUAGUCCAUGAAGGGUCAUCUGAUGAAUCUGUUGAAGAAGAACACAAAAGACAAAGAAAGCCAUCAGUUGAAUCUGAUGAAUCAGAUUCAGAAGAUUCUGAUCAAUUAAUUGAUUAUGAUGAAUUAGAUGACAGCAAUAGUAUACUGCCUACCAGAAAAAGAAUUCAAACACAGAUAAGUUCAUCAGAUGAAGAAAAGUUGAAGAAGGUGCAGAGGAAGAGAAUGAGGCUGAGGAAGAGAAUGAGGCCUAAAAGAAAAUCAGCUUUUUUAGGUAAUUUUUAUUCUCAUGAUGAAUUGUCCGAAGACUCGGAGUCACCUUAUGAAUCAAAGAAAUCUUUAAGAGAAAACCGCAGCUCAAAACCCAAAGUUACACAAGGUAAGAAAGAAAUAGGAGGAAGGAGAUUGACAAGAAGAAAGAGAUGGGAUGAACCUGUCACUCGAUCAGACGAUCAUGUCUACCAAAGAACAACACAUUGUAAAAGGAAAAGAAUUACAUUUGUUGAAAGCAACAAUGAGGAGAUGAAACUCAGUGAUGUGGAACAUUCAGCUCAUGCCAAAGAGGCAAAUAGCAAGGCACAUAAAACACCUGUUAGCGGAAGUUCACCUUAUGAGGAUGUUCAACCAAAAAUAGCAGAAGAAAAGAAAAGAAAUGUAAUAGAUGAUGAAAGUGAUGAAAGUGAUGAUGAGAUUAUUUUUAACUUUAAUAUCAGAUCAUCAACUCACCAGGGGUCUGCGCUUAAAACUGAACCAAGUAAGGUCAAUACCAGAAUGGCGGAAGCUCAAGUAAAUACGGUACAGCUCCCAAUGUGUGAAUCUUCAUCUGAUGAGGAUUUUCAUGAAAAGAGAAAAGAAGGAAAGAUUAGGAGAAUUAUUGAUAAUGACAGUGAUGCUGAGGACAACCCGAAUGACCAAAGAGAGACAUUGAUGACGAUGAAAUUACGAUCACAAAUUAAUCAUCCUUCACCAGAAGUGAAGCCACUUGUUGAUGAUCACAGUGAUGAUAAGACUUCAAAAUACAAAGUAUUAAUACAUCUCGAAGGUAUUGGGAAUACAGUUGAUGCAAAGAAAGUGAGUAACCAGGUAAAUAUUAAUAGAGUAUCAUCUGUGUACGAGACUCCAUCUGAUGACAACGUUCAGCCGAAAAUUAAAAAAGGAGAAAUGGACAAAAAAAAAGCAAAGACUCGAGUACAUAAAGCUAAGCAACCCUUGUGUGAUUCUUCAUCUGAUGAAGAGUAUCAUGAAAAGGGAAAAGAAGGAAAGAAUACAAGGAUUGUUGAUGAUGACAGUGAUGUUGAAGGCUAUUUGAAUGAUCAAACACAGUCAUCAAUAAAGACCAAAUUGAGAUCAGGCAUCAGUCGUUCCUUUCCAGAAGAUUCUUCGUCUGAUCAAGAUUUUCAACCAAAGAGAAAAGCAAGAAAGAAUAUGAGGAUUAUUGAUGACAGUGAUGUUAAGGACAGUCAGAAAGAGCAAACAGGUACUUUGACGAGGGCCAAGUUAAAAUUACGUGCAAGUUGUUCCUUGUCAGAGGUAAAUUCACCUCUGCACGAUUCUUCAUCUGAUGAAGAGUUUCACCACAAGAGAAAAGCAGGAAAGAAUAUGAGGAUUAUUGAUGACAGUGAUGUUGAGGAGAGUCAGAAAGAGCAAAAAGGGACAUUGACGAGGGCCAAGUUAAAAUUACGUGCAAGUUGUUCCUUGUCAGAAGCAAAUUCACCUCUGCAUGAUUCUUCAUCUGAUGAAGAGUUUCACCCAAAGAGAAAAGCAGGAAAGAAUAUGAGGAUUAUUGAUGAUAGUGAUGUUGAGGAGAGUCAGAAAGAGCAAACAGAGACAUUGAUGAGGGCCAAGUUAAAAUUACGUGCAAGUCGUUCCUUGUCAGAAGCAAGGUCACCUCUGUAUGAUUCUUCAUCUGAUGAAGAGUUUCACCCAAACAGAAAAGUAGGAAAGAAUAUGAGGAUUAUUGAUGACAGUGAUGUUGAGGAGAGUCAGAAAGAGCAAACAGAGACGUUGAUGAGGGCCAAGUUAAAAUUACGUGCAAGUCGUUCCUUGUCAGAAGCAAGGUCCCCUCUGUAUGAUUCUUCAACUGAUGAAGAGUUUCACCCAAAGAGAAAAGCAGGAAAGAAUAUGAGGAUUAUUGAUGACAGUGAUGUUGAGGAGAGUCAGAAAGAGCAAAAAGGGACAUUGAUGAGGGCCAAGUUAAAAUUACGUGCAAGUUGUUCCUUGUCAGAAGCAAGAUCACCUUUGCUUGAUUCUUCAUCUGAUGAAGAGUUUCACCCAAAGAGAAAAGCAGGAAAGAAUAUGAGGAUUAUUGAUGACAGUGAUGUUGAGGACAGUCAGAAAGAGCAAAAAGGGACAUUGACGAGGGCCAAGUUAAAAUUAUGUGCAAGUCGUUCCUUGUCAGAAGCAAGGUCACCUCUGCAUGAUUCUUCAUCUGAUGAAGAGUUUCACCCAAAGAGAAAAGCAGGAAAGAAUAUGAGGAUUAUUGAUGACAGUGAUGUUGAGGAGAGUCAGAAAGAGCAAACAGAGACAUUGACGAGGGCCAAGUUAAAAUUACGUGCAAGUCGCUCCUCGCCAGAUAAACGUUUUUAUACAAAGGAAGCUUAAAAUCACAUAUGAUGAUAAUUAUAGUGAUUGUGAUAAUGGUGAUGAUGAAUAAGUAUGGUGGUGAUGAUAAUUAUUGUGAAAAUAAUUAUGAGAAUGGAUGACAAUAAUGAUAUGAUAUUAAUUAAUUAUGCAGAGUAAUUAUCAAGUAUAGGCCACUGUACAGUAUUAGUGGUAGAGGCAAUGCCAGCCUAGCCCAUGGCUGACUUGGGCCAGGGAUCUACCAGUGGUCAAUAUCCAUUGGUCAGAAUGUCAGUUCUGGAAGACAAUUUGAUUCCAUAUCCGGAAUGUUAACUUUAAGUUGAUAUAACAUAUGUACAAAACAUAAGCUUAACAGGGUAGGUACCUCUAUAGCAAAAGCCUAGUCCUCAGUGUAUAUUGGGAGACAAUCCUCUAUUUUGGUUCGUGUGCCAAGUGCUUUUUGUGCUACUACUCUGGACACUUGACCAUUUGCUUCAUGUCACACCUAACACUUUUACAAAAAAGCAGGUUGUAUGCAAAAUUCAGUCUCUCUGGUGGUUGGGAUGGCAUGCAAAAACUGAGGAUAAUUGGCUGUGGUUAGGAGUCUUUUCAAGACGGGGUCCUGUCCCUCUUUUGGGUGCUACCGUUCUCCAUGCCUUGCAUGAAAUGAUUUAAGGGCAUCUGUAUAAUAUUACAUUAUAGUAUGAAUUAAUGAAUUUGUGAUGACUACGGCAGCGAUGAUGAUGUUGGUUCGUUAACAAUUCAUUUAUGGAAUUCAAAUGAUUAAUGGAUAACUACAUUCAAUAAUAACAGGAUUAAUUUGAAUUGAAUUACUGUGUAUAUUCCUGAAAACAGAAAAUAAAUUUGAUAUAUUGAGAAAAUA